AUGCAGGGCUUGGUGCGGCAGCAACAGCAGCAGCAGGAGUCGGAGCAGGAGUUUCAGCAGAAAGAACAGCAUCAACACCAGCAGCAGCAGCAGCAACAGCAGCAGCAGCAGCAGCAGCAGCAGCAUGAAAGUUGUAUGGAUUCUCUCUCUGUGCCUGUGCUGCAUCUAUACGAGAAGCAAGACGGCUCCAGUGUCACUGCAGCAGACUGGGCCUCGCAGAUAGCCAUCCUCGUCACCCUGCGGCGCCAGUACCCCACAGACGUCUUCAUUGCUGAAGAAGCAGCAAACGUAUUCGCUCCCCUUCUACCCAGGGGGGCCCCCGAAACGGGGGGCCCCCCAUCUCGUACUGGAGGGGGGGCCCAGGCAGCAGCAGCAGCAGCAGCAACGACAGCAGCAGCAGCAGCAACAGCAGCAGCAGAAGCAACGAAACAGCUGCUCGUCCGUGAGCUAGGACUUCCUCCAGAGCAGCAGCAGGAGCCAAGACGGGAGAAGGGCUCCCCUUCUGGUGGGGGAGGCCCCUGUCCUGCUGCUGCUGCUGCUGCUGCUGCUGCUGCUGAUGCUGCUGCUGCCGGCAGGCCAACCGUGGGCCCCUCUCCUCCAACCAAACGCCUCGAAGCAAAGGGGGACCGCAUGCAGCUGCUGCGUGAGGUUGUGUGGCUGCUGAUGGAGGGGGCCCCCCAGCAUCUGCUUUCGCUGAUAGAGGAUGGGCUGAAGGAGGACCCUGCUGCAGCAGCAGCAGUAGCAGCUGCAGCUGCAGAAGCAGCAGCAGCAGCAUCAGAAGCAACAGCAGCAGCAGCAGCAGCAGCAGCAGCAACGGUCUCGACUGCAACAGCAACAGGAGCAAGAGACCCGAGGACAGCGGACGGUCUCGACUGCAACAGCAACAGGAGCAAGAGACCCGAGGACAGCGGAGGGCAACGGUCUCGACUGCAACAGCAACAGGAGCAAGAGACCCGAGGACAGCGGACGGUCUCGACUGCAACAGCAACAGGAGCAAGAGACCCGAGGACAGCGGAGGUGCGCAUACACCCCAGGGCCCCUAAAGAAGAAACAGAGAAAGAGGAUUGGGGGGGCCCCGCCACUGUCGUCUUCUUACGGGGACUGCAGCGGCUGGUGAGGCGCCCAGAGGCAGCUGCUGCGCCAGCAGCAGCAGCAGCGCCAGCAGCAGCACCAGCAGCAGCAGCGCCAGCAGCAGCAGCAUCACCAACAGCAGCAACAGCUCCAGCAGCAGCAGCAGCAGCUCCAGCAGCAGCAGCAGCAGAUAUCGGCAAUGCGCAGCAAAUGCGUUUCUGGCUGAUUGACCCCAUCGAUGGAUCUCGCGGUGUAUUUGGAGAGCAGCGCGGCUUUUGCUUCUCUACAGCUGUUGCUCUUUUGGUGGGUCCUCAGCAGCAGCAGCAGCAGCAGCAGCAGCAGCAAGGGGAGCAGCAGCAACAGCAAGUGCAGCAAGAGCAACAGCCGCAACACUCUCAGCAGCAGCAGCACAGGUCUUCUCCACUCACGACAUCCGUACGGCCUGAACAGCAGCAGAAGCUGCAACAAGACCAAACACAGCAGCAGCAGCAGCAGCAGCAGCCACGGGUAGUGCUAGCUUCCAUCUGCUGCCCUUCUUACGACUUGUGGCGCAGCAGCAAUAGCAGCAGCAGCAGCAGCAGCAGUCUUUUGCCCUUUUGCACACCCAGGGCCCCGCUAAACCUUCCGAGCGGGGAGUACACCCGGUCCCCCGACCCUUCUGAACGGGGUGCUGCUGCUGCUGCUGCUGCUGCUGGCGCUGCUGUUGUUGCUGCUGCUGCUCCUGUCAGUGCUCCUGCUGGCGCUGCUGCUGCCACCGCGGGUGCUCCUGCGGCUGCCGUUGCAGGUGCUGCUGCUGCUGCUGCUGCUGCUGCUGGGCGUGUCUCUCUUGAUGGCUGUACCCUGUCCGGUACAGGGGCCGAGGCCUGCGAGGCUGGUUCUGCUGCUGGAGGCGAGCGGGGGGCCCCCCAAGGGGCCCCCCAAGGGGCCCCUCAAGGGGGCCUCCAAGCGGCCCUUCAGGGGGCCCCGCGAGGGGACCGGGGGCCCCUGAUUUGCGCUGAGCAUCUGCGGGGUUGUGUGCUGACGACGGCGGAGGGUCUCCCUGCGAGGCUGAGCGUGAGAGAUGAGGUCACUGGGGGCCUGCUGCACCUCAUGCAGCAGCAGCAGCAGCAGCAAAAGCAGCAGCAGCAACGACAGCAGCAGCAGCAGCAGCAGAGGGCUGUGUUUCUCCCCUUGACCGACUGGCCGCCAUGCGACAAUCCUUAUCAUCGAGGGUUGGGGGUCUCCCCUACCCCAGAGGAGACAGCAGCAGCAACAGUAGCAGCACUAGCAGCAAAAGCAGCAGGAGGAGAGCAAGCAGGAGCAGCAGCAGCAGCAGGAGAAGCAGCAGCAUCUGUCUCUUCUGUCCCCUUUCGCUGGACUGUCUCUGUGCCGAACUACAAGCGGACGCACCCGCUGCUGCAGCAGCACUUAUCGGGGCCCCCUGAUGCUGCAGGGGCCCCCUGGCGCCUCUCUCAUAAGAAGGGCCCCUCAAGGCGUUUAAGCUCAUGGGGGCCCCCGGGGGCCCCCCGGGAGGGCCCCCAGGCCGCCACGGAGACAGGGGAGUUGCUGCUCCCAAGCGGAGACACCCAAACUGCUUGGAGCAGCAGAACUGGGGGCCCCCCACCCUGGGGGCCCCCUCAUCAUGGGGCCCCCCAGGGGCAGCAAUUUCUGUCGCUUAGGUGUGGGCAUGUAGUCAAGUACCUCGCUGUCGCCCUAGGCCACGCAGACGCCUUUCUGCUGCUGCCUGCAUCAUACGGGGGCCCCCCGCGCGAGACCGGGGGGCCCCCACCAUGCUACCCGAGCAGCUGCAGCCCGCAGCAGCAGCAAACGCAGCAACAGCAGCGAACAGAGGGGGGGGGCCCUCUGGCGCAGCAACCAGGAGAGAGGAGGGGGGGCCCCCUUGCUGCUGAGACAGGGGGGGCCCACCGAGGAGACAGCGAGAACGCCACGGCUCCCCGCAGCAGCCCCCUGCUGAUGGUUUGGGACCAUGCAGCAGGAGCAGCAGUUGUUGAGAUGCUGGGGGGCCUCGUGUUAGACUCAGACAGAAGGCGAGUGCAGGGCUACUGCUACUUGUCUCCUGCCUCUGUCUCCGCGCAGAACCCCUCUCCUGCUGCUGCUGCUGCUGCUCCUACUGCUGCUGCUGCUGCUACUCCUGCUGCAGUAGGCUGCCUCCCCAAGCCCCUGCUGCAGCAGCACGGGGGUACUCGUCCUGCUUCAGAACAACCAGCAGGGCCCCCCCCCUAUAGGCCUCGGGGCCCCCAGGGGGCCCCCCUCCAGGGGCCCCUGGAUGCGUACCCGGGGCCCCCACCGGCAUUCACUCUCAGGGGGGGGGCGCUGGUUGCUGCUCGCAGCGUAGAUGCCGCCAACAGAAUUUUUGGUGCUUUGGAGGCCCUGAGGACCUGA